CGUCGACAAUCAGUCAGCUUCACCGCCAUGCCACCCGGCGUUUUAGCCAAUGACAGUCGUAACAAUUCCACCGAUGACAUACAAAUCGUUUUAGCACCCCACAUACAAACCUAUUUAAGUCAAACGGGUCGUCGUCAUUCCUGUUGCAGCGUCAUGUUACCCGUUGCAUUUGAACGUGCCGCCUCUAAUUCAUGGCUAGAUCCGAAAUUCGAUUCGGCCGUGCUUGAGGGACAAUUCCAGACCAGUGUAUUUUCACAUAUACGAAUGAGAUAUCGAUUUGCCCUCUCCUACAUUCUACUCUGUUCGCUGGCAUGGUUCCUGUAUUUCCUUGUCGAUGGUGGUUCCGAAGAUUUUUGGCGUCCUAUAUCAAGUUCCUUUUCACUGCUAUCGCUAAUAACAAUCAUGGCCAUGUGUUUUACCCACUGGGAUAUGUAUAGGGCAAAUCAUGUUGUCACAUCAGCCCUAACCGCCGCACUCCUGUGUGCCACCUCCCUAGCAUUUCUUACCUAUACGGGAAGGGCUUUUAGUCCCCUGGGACAUUUUGCCAUAUGUCUGGAAAUUGUCCUGCUCAUCUAUACCGCCUUGCCAAUGACACUGUGGCUUAGCGCCCUAAUAGCCAUAACCUACACCGUACUCUUCGAAGUGGUUACCCACAUUGUGGUGGCCGGAAAUGCUGUACAUGGAGCUCAAGAAGAUUUUAGUUAUAAAAUUCUCGUCCUACGAAUUCUAUGCCAUUUUUGUGUCCACCUGGUGGGCUUACAUGUAUUGGUAAUGAAUUUAGUUCGUAUGCGUGGUACAUUUAUGAAGGUCGGUCAGAAUCUCCUAGUCAGACGGCAGUUGGAAAUGGAGAAGCAAUUGAAGGAGAAAAUGAUACAUUCCGUUAUGCCACCCAAGGUGGCGGAUAUGCUGCUCAACGAAGGUGGCAUUGAUGGUAACAACGAUGGUAGUAUAAAGCCGGAAUCCCACUAUAUGCGACCAAGACCCUCCAAUGAUGUCAAAUCGUUAUUUCGUCCCUUCCAUAUGCAUAGCAUGGAUAAUGUCAGUAUCCUCUUCGCUGAUAUUGUCGGUUUCACUCGGAUGUCUUCGACAAAAACCGCCGAGCAGUUGGUGGAAAUUCUUAAUGAUCUCUUUGAACGUUUCGAUAGCCUGUGUACCUUUAAUGGUUGCGAAAAAAUCUCCACAUUGGGUGAUUGUUAUUAUUGUGUAUCGGGGUGCCCAGAACCCCGACCGGAUCAUGCGAUAUGUUGUGUGGAGAUGGGUUUAGGUAUGAUUGAUGCGAUGCGAACAUUUGAUGCUCAACGCCAUGAAGGUGUUAAGAUGCGAGUUGGUGUCCACACCGGCACCGUUUUGUGUGGUAUUGUCGGAACGCGCCGGGUUAAAUUCGAUGUUUGGAGUAAUGAUGUAUCAUUGGCAAAUAAAAUGGAAUCAACAGGUAAACCCGAACAAGUCCAUAUAUCCGAGGUAACGGCCAGUUUUCUGGGGGAAGCUUACUAUCUGGAUGAGGGGGAAGAGGUUUUUGGCCAUCGAACCUACUUUGUGGUGGGCCGCAGAAAAGAUAUCUCCCGAACGAAUAGCAUCUGCCCCAGCAUUCAUGUCAACUCGAACGGCAGCCAUCUCAUGUUACCCGGCAUACAGGGACAAACCGGAUCUCUAUCACACAGUGCUACCAAUAUAUCGGUAAUACAUCCAAAUGUACCCCCUGCAUCUCCGGUGGGUCAGCUGUCAUCCUCCCUCAAUCCUUCACCAGUCCUUUCGAUACGACCAAGACUGACAUCGUUGAGUAUGAAGCUGCGUAAAAAAUCACAAUCACGCGAAUGUGAUAUCGAACGUGGUAUCAUCCAUCCCGCUGCAGCGGGUAUACCACCCGUCAUAGUGUGCCGUGAAAGACCAAAGAUUAUAAUUACAACCAAAAGUCUACCGGGUAGUUUAGAUUCGGAAAACGAUCCAAAUGAGGUGGGUAAUGAGGAGAUUUUGCCCACGGCCAAUGGAAAAUCAAGGCAUUUGGCAAAUGGUUCCUCGGCAGCUGCGGCACGACCGAAGAUACGCCUGAAGGUAUGGAAGGUGCCGAGAUUUUUAAAGAAAUUCGAGGAGAAAACGAAAAUGCAGGACAAGUCUACCAGUACCGAUGUUAGUAUUAGUUUAAUGAGUAAUGGACCAAAGACGCCGACAACGGCAACGGCGACGGGAUCGAAUGAAGAAUCGGUGGCCUUUAUCGAACCAAAUGGCUAUCAACAACUACCGGUGGUAAUUGAAAAUACCAAAUCGAAUCCGAACAUGUUGGAGAUACCACAAAAACCCAUGCUGCAUCAUGUGGCCACCUCAACGGCGAUCUGCUCAAGUGUUAAUCGUUCGCCAGAUGCCAGCUGUUGUUCACCCGGCCAAUAUUCCAUGUUCGAUGACAUCAUUGAUAUACGUUCGUAUAUUAGCCAGUCGAGAAGUGAUAUUUCGCCGUUUGGCCGCUCGGGCAGUUAUCGUUCGCAGUGUGGCCGUAGUGGACAAUCAGAAACUUCUCCUUUGCCGAGACCCAGGGCAGCCACCUUGACGACAAAUAAGGCGGAGGGAGCAGCAGCUGCCUUGGCAUCAGCAGGAGUGGCUUUAACGCCAUCUGGUGGCGGAGGAGGUGCGGGAAAUAAUCCCUGCCAGCCGCUCAUUGUACCGGGAAUCUCCACACCUGCCGCCCCACCCACACACUCACGUAACUCCAGCAUUUGGCCCGAUGGCUUGAGCAUAUGUCCCUCGGCCACCUCCCGCAAAGAUUCCGGCAUCAAAAGUAAUUCCCGCAGAUCUUCCAUACAGCAACAGAUCUAUGCCCUCAACCAGACCGCCAUUAGUACCCACAGGGUAUCGGGCUAUUUUACAAGCUCCACUUCCAGCAUCUCCAAUCUGGGCGAUGCACAAACUUUACCUCAUGUGCCACUACCUCCCUUGCCAUCUUCACAUCCCGGCUCAACGGGUCAGAUUGCUGAUCCGCUGGCCGCUUGUUUACAACAAUUACGCAAACAAUCGGAUCUUCAGCUGAUACGCUGUGUUCGCGAUAAUGCCAAAUCCCAAAGGAGUUAUCUAGUCAAGCCUCCGCUGAGGAGAUUUAGUUUGUAUUUUAAGUCACGGCAGAUGGAGCGAGAUUUUCGUUCGAAGGCCCAUCGGUUUGGCAAUGAAAAUGAAACGGAAGGACCUCCGACGUUGGCCACACCACGGUAUAACACCUACAUUGACAUCUUUGUGGGUCUGGCGGUAUAUUUGUGUAUCUCGAUAUCGCUGUUUUUGAUUACCCCCAACACCAUGACUCCAAGUUUCCGAUUAUGGGUCUCCUUGUUCACGUGCUUUACGGCAAUACAGGUCUUUGCCUUGUUUCUUUUUACCCGGCAAAUGUGUCGGCGGCAAUCGUCACAUACUCGUUCGAAAAUAACAAAUUCCGAAUCGUGUGCGGAUCGUAUAUUCGAGGCCAUUUCCAGCUGGUAUCCUUGGCAUAUCUGCCUGGCCGUUCUCAUGGCCAUGCCGGUGAUUCUGAUUAUAGCCAAUUUCCUGCUAUUGGAUCUAAAUGAAUUGGAGGCUUUUGAAUAUCAUUAUGGGUUCCUGAUAUUCGUUUGCAUCGUGCAUUUUUGUAAUUUCACCCAACUGAACUGUUGGAUGCGGAAUAUUUUAGCCUUUAUGGCAGCCAUGUGUUUUAUCGGCAUUGCCGUAUCCCAGCUACUGGUCUACUCGAAUCGCACCGAUGCCCAUGAAGCCUCUGAAGCCUUACUGAAUGUAACCCACAUCCCUAUUAAUUCCAAGGCUGCUUUGAAUUACAUUAUAGAAGAAAUAAAAUGGUUCCAAGACUAUCAUGUGGAGAUCUAUUUGGAUCUCUUCCUUAUCUUGGUACUCGUCUGGUUUCUAAAUCGUGAAUUUGAAAUUGGCUAUCGUUUGACAUUCUAUGGCAAUGCUGUGGCCAAUCAGGAUAAAAUCCGCGUACAAAAUAUGAAAAAUCAAGCCGAUAUGUUGCUACACAACAUUAUACCCAAACAUGUGGCGGAACAUUUAAAAAAUACCGCCAAAUAUUCGGAAAAUCAUCACAAUGUGGGCAUUAUUUUCGCCUCCAUUGUAAAUUUUAAUGAAAUGUAUGAUGAAAGUUAUUUGGGUGGCAAGGAAUAUCUGCGGGUACUCAACGAACUCAUUGGCGAUUUUGAUGAGCUACUCUCGAGGCCCGAAUUUAAAUGUGUGGAAAAAAUCAAGACAAUUGGUUCCACUUUUAUGGCCGCCAGUGGCCUAGAUCCCAAACAUCGUGGUGAUGGCAAUGAACACAUUCACGCCCUUAUGGAAUUCUCCAUAGCCAUGCAAGGUGUGGUCGACGCCUUCAACAAAGAUCUGUUGGAAUUUAAUUUAAUUUUGCGUAUUGGCUUUAAUGUGGGAGAUGUUACCGCCGGUGUCAUUGGCACCAGUAAACUCCAUUACGACAUCUGGGGUGAUGCCGUCAAUGUGGCAUCACGCAUGGACUCUACCGGCGUUUCGAAUCGUAUCCAGGUGGGUAAAGAUUGUCUACAAUUUUUGGAAGCAAAAUAUGAAUUUGAGCCGCGAGGUAGUGUUUAUGUGAAGGGUAAAGAUAAUAUGGAAGUGUUUCUGUUCACACAACGUAAACCGGAUUUGGUCGGUGACGAUGAUGAUCUGGAUGAAGUGGAUACGGAUCAUCAUGGUGGUGCCUCAUUAUUGGGUGAGAUCAAAAAUGCAAAUGGUAGUUAA